AUGGUCAAGCAAGCAACCACUUUGGAAACUGCGAUCUGGGCUGCUAAGAACGUCGAGACCCAGAUAAGGGAAAAGAAUCUGGAGAGGGACGAAGUGGGCGAGAAAAGAAAGUUUGAAGGAUCCUCAAGGCCCGAUGAGAAGAGAAAAGUCUCGAAAUCUGAUUUGAAGGAGUUUAAAGAAGGAGCAAAAUGGUGUGAUAAGUGUAAGAGGAAGCACAUUGGCAAAUUCUCUAAAGAGAUGACCUGCUUCAAAUGCGGGAAGACUGGUCAUUAUGCCAGUGAAUGCACAACCAAAAGAGAAUCCUGCUUUAAGUAUGGUGAAGAAGGACACUUCAAGCAAAACUGCCCAAGAAGAGAAGGGGCUACAAGGCCGAAGGUGCUGCCACAGCCAAAGGCAACAGCAUUUCAAAUGAUCCUUGACGAAGCAGAUGACAAUACAAGGAAUCAAUAA